AUAAAAUCUUUCAAAAAUAUUUGAGCGACUCAAUUAAGUAGGCAUUCAUUUAAACGUACACUUCUUUUACACUUUGAUUACAUACAUAUACAUACAUAAAUGCCAAAAAUUUAUAAAGCUCUCAAUUCACUAUGGCGCAAAGUAUGGCCCAAGCAUUCAAGGAAGUAUUAUCUUUUAUUUCUGGGUCUAAAUAAUUCCGGCAAAACAACAUUAGUAGCGCGUUUGAGUUUAGAGCAAGAAGAUACUUUGAAGCACAUUACACCCACACGCGAUUUUACCGAAAAGCACUUAAAAAUUAAUGGUAUAAAGAUUUGCAUGCGGGAUAUAAGCGGUCAGCCAAGAGUACGAAAGUUCUGGCAUUUAUUUUUCCAGCAAACAAAAGCUUUGAUCUACGUAAUUGAUAGCACGGAUGGAUCGCGGCUAAGUGAGGCACGCUGUGAACUGUGCAAUGUCCUGUUGGAUGAACGUAUGCGCAAUGUGCCGCUUCUUGUGUUGGCCAAUAAACAGGAUAUGUCAGGUGCAAUGCCUGCAUCCUUUAUUGCUGAGCUAUUGGGUCUCAAGCACUUGGAAGGCCGUGCUUGGCAGGUACUAGAAUGCUCCGCAUUGACUUGCACUAACAUUGAUUUGAUCGUUGAUUGGAUGUUCAAGAACUUGAAGAAGUUAGAGCCGCCAAGCUAUGCUCGCAAGAUUCUAUUUCCUGCUUUGAUUUUUGGUCGCACAUGUCCACUAGAUAAGCCCCAGCAACAAAUAGAGACAUACUAAAUUUAUGUAAUGGGCACAAUUCAAUCUGCUUCUUUUCGAAUUUAGUAUAAAAAUGGGUCAUAGCACACAACAGAGUAACAAAAAAAAAAAAAAAAGAAAUGAAAUGAAAGAAUUUCAAAAGACAAAUAAUCAUGUGCUAUGCCUUCGAUAUUGUCUGAUUAAAUUUGCAUAAAAAAUGUAAAUGGAGAAUGAAAGAGAAAUAACACAACGAACUUUGUUACACACUUUAUACCAGUCUUCAUAAUAAAUGAAUAAGUGUAUGAUUUAAUAAAGUUUAGCAAG